ACCUAAUGCCACUCAGUGUUGGUCCAGACUCCGUGUCGCGAGGACCUCUUACUACGAUGCGGAGGAACUACAAACUCUUCAUCUUCAUUUCGUGUGUGUGGACGCUUUGUGUGGUCGUGUACCUGAACACCAGCAAGGAUGUGAAGCGCCCAUCAAGGAGCAGAUCGACUGCUCUGUAUAUACCGACCUCUAGGAGCCAGACGGGUGACCUGUGGAAGGGCUCGGAAAACCUGGCGCUGCGCUUGAAGGACUCCGCCGUGACCGCGCAGCAAGGGCAGGCCUUCUCCAAGGCGGCGGCGGGGGCCGGGGCCGCAGGCGGAGGCAGCUCCAGCGUAGGCCUACGUCCGUCGAUGUUCCUGGAUGAGGAGGCCUACAUCGCCGCCGCCACGCUGGCUCCCGGCGCGGACGCCUACACCAGGAACAAGUUCAACCAGGCCGAGAGCGACAAGCUGGCCUCCAACCGCGAUGUUCCCGACACCAGGCACUUCACGUGCCGAAAGAAGGAAUGGAGAACCGACCUGCCGCAGACUUCAGUAAUCAUCACCUUCCAUAAUGAAGCCAGGUCGACCCUCCUGCGAACCGUGGUCAGUGUGCUGAACCGCAGCCCGGAACACCUCGUCAAAGAGAUUAUUUUGGUGGAUGACUUUAGUGACGAUCCUUCUGAUGGUGCCGAGCUCUCGAAGAUCCAAAAAGUGAUUGUCAUUAGGAAUGAGAAGAGAGAAGGUUUAAUGAGGUCACGUGUUCGAGGAGCUGACGCGGCCACAGCUCCUAUCCUGACGUUCCUGGAUUCUCACUGUGAAUGUAAUCAGCAUUGGCUGGAACCCAUGCUGGAGAGGGUGACGGAGGACCGGAAGCGCGUGGUGUGUCCCAUCAUUGACGUCAUCAGCAUGGACACCUUCCAGUACAUAGGAGCUUCAGCCGACCUGCGAGGUGGAUUUGACUGGAAUCUGGUCUUUAAGUGGGAGUACCUGUCCAGCGAUGAGAAGAAGAAGAGACAAAAAGACCCGACUCAGGUUAUAAAGACUCCCAUGAUUGCUGGUGGUCUUUUUAUGAUUGAUAAAUCAUACUUCGAUGAACUUGGCAAAUAUGACAUGGCGAUGGACAUAUGGGGAGGAGAAAAUUUAGAGCUGUCCUUCCGCGUGUGGCAGUGCGGAGGCAGCCUGGAGAUCGUCCCCUGCUCUCGCGUCGGCCACGUGUUCCGGAAGCAGCACCCUUACACGUUCCCCGGCGGCUCCGGCACCGUGUUCGCGAGGAACACCCGGCGGGCGGCAGAGGUGUGGAUGGACGACUACAAGAAGUACUACUACUCUGCUGUCCCUCUCGCUAAGAGUGUCAACUUUGGGAACAUCCAGAGUCGCCUAGAACUACGCAGCAGACUGAAAUGCAACAACUUCAAGUGGUACAUGGAUAACGUGUACCCAGAACUCACAGUACCUAACGCCGGCCACGCUACCUUCGGAGUCUUCAAACAGGGACUGAAGUGCAUGGAUACGCUUGGACACCGCGCCGAGGGAACCAUAGGCUUGUACGCUUGUCACGGAACAGGUGGAAAUCAGGAGUGGGCGAUGACACGUGAUAUGCUCAUCAAACACAGCGAAUUGUGUCUAACUCUACCAGAGCCCAGAGCAGGAACAGUUCUUAUUCUGGAACCAUGCCAAAAUAAUGAUUUACAGAGAUGGGUCCGCACAGAUGGAGAUCGUUUGAUCAAAUCCGAAGGCCACAAUAUAUGCAUAGAUAGCGCAAAAGAAAAAGAUGUUGGCUUAGUCGUUGAAGCAUGUGAUAAGUCAGUACUCACACAGCGAUGGUCGUUCACAGUGAAUAAAACCUAACUAAAAUAAAGUAACUAAACCUAUGGAUCUUGGCCAAGAAGUUAGUCGGAGAUACCAAAGAUGUGAUUAAUUUCAGCAGGAAAACUGCACAUUUUUUUCUGUUUCUCUUAACUAGGCAUAACAUUUGUGAUGAAUAACAUGACUGUGUUAAUUUUGUAUCUUGAGAUUUACUAAUUUCUUUAGUCACUGAAGUUAUUUAUUAGGGGACUUGUUCAGAGAAGAAUAUGUAUUCUCAGGUGAUAAUAGGAAAGAUAGGAUGCUGGUGUAGUGCAAUAUUUGCCCUACAAAUAAUUCUGAAUAUGAGGUGAUAGUUACAAGUAUGUCCAUUCAAAACAUGAUGAACAUUGUACAGUUUUGUCUUGUAUAGUAACCUUUUUUUAUUUAAAGGGAAAUGUAUAGAUAAAUUAUUAGCAUAUUGUCAGUCUUUAUCUUAUUUUGUCAUUUGGAUACAACCAAGUCCUUUAUAGGGCACUCUUCUGUAUAAAAGGGAUAGACGGUCAUUGUACAUUAAUCCCAUUGCAUGAUUCAUAAGGAUGUGUUACGGCAGAUCCACUAUCACAUACUUCAUAUUACAUGACCAACUUAUCGCCUAUCACUUGUGAUUUG